UGGAAGUGAGCUUCCAAAUUUGAUCUAACCGUUAUCUUUAUCGUCUUCGUCAUCCACUCAAUACCUGCUACAAUGGCUGUCUACCAAAAUUUCCAAACCCUAAGACUGGACUAUCUAUCAAUCUAUUCCUCACCGUUCCAUUCCAGAAAGCCACGUCUACUCAAAAGCAGCCUUGCCGAAGUAAAGACAACACUCGUCUCUUUACAAAAGGAGACUCCUCUCAAACCCAAAACCACUUCCAAGCAACGCCCCUUCCCCGUCACUUACCUUAUAAACUCAUGCGGCCUUUCCUUAGAAUCCGCCAUUGCAGUUUCCGAGAAGGUACAGUUCCAGUCCCCUGAGAAACCCGAUUUGGUCUUAGCUCUGUUGAGAAACUACGGAUUCUCGAAAACCCAGAUCUCAAAUCUCAUCAGGAAGCGCCCGCUGCUUCUGUUAGCCCACCCCGAGAAUAUCCUUUUGCCAAAGCUCGAGUUUUUCCGGUCUAUCGGGUUGUCAAGCAGUGAGCUUGCGAGGACUCUUUCCUCCGACCCAACCCUUUUGGCACGAAGCUUAGAGAACCAAAUCAGUCCCACUUACGAGUUUCUCAAGAGUGUUUUGCUAUCCGAUGAAAAAAUCGUUUCUGCUUUAAAGCGCACUACAUGGAUCUUCCUCGAAGAUCCUUCAAAGAGUCUUAUCCCCAACACAGCUUAUUUGAAAGAAUCAGGCGUGCCCCAGAAUUGUGUUUCCCUUUUACUAACCCAUUUCCCCGAGGCCAUGAUGCAAAAGCACGAAUCCUUUUGCGAAACCGUGAGAGAGGUCAAAGAAAUGGGGUUCGAGCCGAGGAAAUCCACAUUUGUUUUAGCAGUUCACGCCCUUUCUGGGAAAGGGAACAAGUCGAUAUGGGACAAGUGUUUCGAGGUUUACAAGCGAUGGGGUUGGUCUAAAGACGAUAUUCUGUCGGCAUUUAGGAAACACCCUCAUUCCAUGAUGUUGUCGGAGAAGAAAAUCAUGAAGAGCAUGGAUUAUUUCGUUAAUGAAAUGGGGUGGCCAUCGAGAGCCAUAGCUGAAUGCCCUGUGGUCUUGUUCUUCAGCUUGGAGAAGAGGAUAAUCCCCAGGUGUUCUGUUUUCCAAAUCCUGUUGUCUAAGGGAUUGAUAAAAGAAGAUUUCAGCUUGACCACCGUGUUGCUGCCGGUCGAGAAACGAUUCUUGGAGAGGUUUGUGAGCAGAUACCAGGAGGAUGUGCCUGAAUUGUUGAGUGUGUAUCAAGGGAAGGUGAAAUCUCAGGGAUUCUGAUGUUUUAUCUUUACUUAUCAACAAUUGCUAGUAAAUAUCAAUUUACUUUGAUUGUAU